CCAGGCGGUGAUUAGUCAGCAUUGCGCGUCGCGAAAAUAAAUGAGCGCGUCUGAACCAAAACAACGACAACAACAAUGUCGAAAAGUCCUGCGCCGUCGUCCCCGGGGCAGUUUGCAAUGUCGUCGGUCCCGGCGAGCACCCCUGCGUCCUCGCCGCCGCCCAGCGAAGAGCCGGGUAUCGAGACUGUCUCGUCUCGACAGCUCUCUGAGGUUCCCUUGCUGGACGACGACGACGAAUUUCAAGGACGUCUGGCUCGCCUCGAACGUAUUCUCGACAAAUCAUUCACCUACUCUCAACUGCUAGGCGAACAGAUGGACAAGGAAAAACGCACAUCUGCUCUUCGCGCGGCCAUGGCCAUGUCAUCGAAACCAAAGUCGACAAACGCGUCGACGACGACGCGCAGACGUGGCGCGCUCCAGCGUGCCCCUCGAAAACGCCCUCGCUGCAGUGAUCUUGAACCUGAACACAAUACCAAAGACGCGGAUGAGGUAAAGGAAGAAGCUACCAACCCCGACGCGAAUGACCCCUCGGCACCUCGUCCAAAGUUCUUGCAGCCCUCCCUCAUUACAGGUGCAACACUCAAAGACUAUCAACUCGAUGGCGUAGAGUGGAUGGUGUCCCUCGACAAGAACGGCGUGUCCGGUAUUCUAGCCGACGAAAUGGGUCUUGGAAAAACUCUCCAAACCAUCGCGUUCAACGCUCAUCUCCGCGAAUUGGGUCAUUUCAGACCGUUUCUGAUCGUAUGUCCGCUCAGCGUGAUACACAACUGGAUAGAAGAGUUCCGUCGUUUCGCUCCGUCGAUCCCGGUCUGCAUGUAUCAUGGGUCUCCUACAGAUCGUGCCGAGCUCCGUCGUACCGUCAUGCGCGAACCGGAUGAUGGGUCUGAAGACACCGCACAAGCUUUUGAAUCUGUCAUGGUCAAAGAAAAACUAUCACAGCCCAACCGAAAAGGCAAGAGGAAAGCAACGAAAUCUAGUGCUCGUGCGGCACCUAGACGCAGCAUGUUUACCCGAAAGCGCAAAGCCGAAUCAGACGAAGACGACGACGACUACCAGGAGGAUGAUCAGGAAAGCGACGAGGAAGAGGCUCCUCGCGCGCGGCAUACCAAGGCCAAGAAUAAUACCAAGAACAAAAAUACCCGUUCGCUACCUAAUCUAAAUUGCAAGCUUAUACAGGAAAUAAAGCGGUACCCCAGUGCUGGACGGAUGAUCUUGACUGGAACACCGUUACAGAACAAUCUUUCGGAAUUGUGGUCUCUGCUUAAUUUCAUACUCCCAGAUAUCUUCGACGACCUUGAUUCGUUCCAAGAGUGGUUCAAUCUCGGGACGCUCCAGUCCCGUUUCUCACCAUCUCAAGCAACACAGCUCAUCUCUACUAUCCACGGCAUUCUCAAACCCUUCCUCCUCCGCCGUCUCAAGGUUGACGUUCUCGGCAAGAGCUUACCUCCUAAAAAGGAAUAUGUGAUAUAUUGUCCGCUGAGUGUGGAACAACGGCACCUUUAUGAUGCCAUCGUGGAGGGAUCAUUGAGACAUCUGCUUUUGUCGCGUGGCGGUGAGAAUGCAGAUAAGAAGAAGAUCGAGAUCGACAUGAAUGCACCUCGCAAGUUGAGGGAUAAGACGAAGUCAGGGGUAGUGGCAUAUGAUGUUGAUGGGAGCGAUGACGACGAGUAUUUUGAGAACCUGGAUGAAGGAGGCGUAGAGCAGCCAAAGAAUGCUGAGAAUGACUUGGCAGAGCUGGGUCGGCAGCAUCGAUUGCGUGAGAGUAUCAAGGGCAUCAAUAACCUGCGACUGCAAAACAGCGUCAUGCAACUGCGAAAGGCGUGCUCGCACCCACUACUGUUUGAUGCUGGCCUCACAGAGGCUGAAGCACUCUCUGGAACAGCAACUGCAGAGGAGCUCGUUGACACUAGCGGGAAAAUGAUGGUCCUUGAACGGCUGCUCGACGAAUUGUUUGCGAGGGGACACAAGGUGCUGCUAUUCAGUCAGUUCACGACUAUGUUGGAUAUCAUCGAGACUUGGGCAACGGAAUUGAAAGAGUGGAAUACCUGUCGAAUUGAUGGCAAGACUCACCCAUUGGAUCGAAGGGAACAGAUGAACACUUUCCAGCAGGGCGGCGAUCGCCCUGAUGCGCCUCGUCUGUUCCUACUUAGUACACGUGCAGGGGGGUUGGGCAUCAAUUUGACUGCCGCAGAUACCGUCAUCUUUUACGACCAGGACUGGAACCCGCAAAUGGAUAUCCAAGCGCAAGAUCGAGCACACCGGAUCGGACAGACCAAACCCGUGUUGAUAUUCCGACUUGUGACCGCACACACCAUCGAACAGCGGAUCAUGCACCGUGCAAGUGAGAAGCGGCAGUUGGAGGCGUUGGUGAUUGCUAAAGGGAAGUUCAAGAUGCCUGGACAGACUGGACGAACGAAGGCAGAGGUGCUUGGGGAGAUGGCGACUGCACUUUUGAAGCUCGAGAGCGAGAAUAUCGAGGUUGUCCCUGUGACGAGGGAGGGGAAGCGCGGGGUGUUGAGCGACGAAGAUUUGGAUAUGCUACUCGACCGGAGCGAAGCUGUGUUUGUGGACCGCGGAAAGGGAUGGUCUGCGGGCGGCGGUGUUGUCGUUGCACAUGCACACGACACCACUACCGGUAAGCCAGUUUCAGGAAGAGAGGACGAUGGUGAGGUGGGUAGUGGGGCCACCGCAGUACCAGCGGCCUCGGCCCCGCCAGUGGUUGGUAAGAGGGCGGCAUUUGCGGUGUACGAGGCGCCCGUGAAUCAGGCGAAUGAGUGGGUAUCUAAACUAAUGGGUGAGGACGUUUCAGAGUGACCUUGUGCAGAGGAGGGCUUGGCAUAUAUGAUGGGUAUACCAGUACAUUAUGGGUGUCAUAUUUAGACAUACAUAGUAGAUAUGAUGGA